CUGUGGUUAUUCGAUUAUACUUCUUAAACUAGUUUGACAUGUUUUUCUUCUAUAGUUCUAUUCAAUAUGCUAGGAAUGCAUGAGCAUGAAAGGUAGAAUUAUCUUCUCGAGGGUAGACACCAAACCUUGUGCAAUUCAUUUGGCUGUUGUUUAGAAGUCUACAACAUUUAUUUGUGGUUUACAACACUGUAUGACCAUCAAAUAUUAUCUGAGCGGAGAUGGACUUACACCUAAAACUAGGACUUCUGCUGACAUUUGUCACCUCUACAAUUGCAGAUGUUCCAUUUUAUGUUCCUGAAAUUACGUUCAAGCAAUUUCCAGGAAAACUGACAUUCUCAACCUUCACUCUUGACGAACCACAGUGUAUCUUCCAUCAAUAUAAUACAAGUACAGUUUGGUUAGUGGUUGCCUUAAACAGUGUUGUGCCAAACUUAACAGCAGCAAAUCUGAGUAACCCAGCUGAUUAUUCCUCAUUCACAACAAAUAAAUAUUAUCACAUCUACAAUAGAACUGCUGCUAACUACCCAUGCUCUGACGUGAUUCCGAAUACUCUUGGCAUGAUGCCAGUUGGAUUUGAAGAAAACUGCACCAAUGCUCAUUUUUGUAAUGGUCCUUUAAACAAAACUGGACCUUACCGGGUUAAAUUUGUUAUAUUAAAUAACAACACAAUGGUCACAUCAACACGAUGGUCUGAACUCAUCAAUCUGAGAACAGGAAUGAGUCAAAGUAUUCUGAAUCCAUGGCCUCAAGGUCGCAGCGCUGGAAUGAUUGUAAUUGUUGUCAUCCUCUCUGUACUUCUGGCUAUUUUGUUGGCAUGUCUCAUUGCUGCACUUGCUGUGGGCAGCAAAGACAUCUGCUGGUGUCACACAAUCGACAAUGAAGGAUUCUUGGUGAAAGAAGAGGUGGACAUGGGUGAAUAUGUAUUGAAUACCACAUACAUUCCACAUAAUCUGUACAUGACCCAUUCAAAACGACAAUCAACAAGACCCAGCACAGUGUACACAGUGUUUAAAUGACCUAGUGGGCCUUUGUGCUCCCAUAUGUAAUAUAUUUUAAGGAUACCUGAUUUAAAUGUUGCAUCUUAAAAUCUUUAGCAAUGAAUAUCUAUGACGAUCUAUCGGUUUUUACAGUUGUUGUUGUAUAUGUUACAUAGAUAUGGAGAAAUUUAAUUUCCUAUGAAAUACCAUCUAAACAAAUCUUUAAAAGAAAGUCAUCUUCAAUGAAUGAUUAAAGAUUAAUUUUACCAAAAUUCUAAGUUUCAGUUUUAAGUGGUUACCUGCAAACUAAGGCCCUGUUCACAUUUGGGCAAUUAGAAAUCACAGGCAGAAUAGACGCGAACCAAAUUGCGACAAACAUGCAUAGAGCAGCCCAUUAAAGUGAAUGGGCUGCCUUUUGCGUGAUACGCAUAAGUGCGUGUGAAUCACGCUUUCAAAAUUGCUAGAGGGAAUCUGUAUGGGGUUGUGAAUGAGGCCUGAAUGACAUGCUGGAUACUUCUUGGGAUUCAAAAGAUACUAAUGGUUAAAUUUAACCAUAGGAAUUCCUAUUGUUUGCCAACUACUACAGCUAUUACAAAGAAAAAUUAUAGUGUCACAUUUCCCAUCUGAUAAUGGCAUAAACAACUAGCUUCAUAUGGAAUAAACAAAUAGUUGGAGAAUAGAGUUUCAAGAUGUUGACACCCUAAUGAUGCCU